UGCUGCUGAGCUGCGGAGACACGGACGGACGGACGGACGGACGGAGGAGCGACCGGGGACAGGACCAGUCCGGUAGUUCGGGUUCAGAGGAGUCCCAUCCAGCGGCGGGUUGAGGUUUCGUCCGGUUGUCGGUGUGUUGGGUCUGACCGCGGCCAUGUCGGUGAAUAUGGACGAACUCCGGCACCAAGUCAUGAUCAACCAGUUUGUUUUGACGGCGGGCUGCGCCGCGGACCAGGCGAAGCAGCUCCUCCAGGCGGCCCACUGGCAGUUCGAGACUGCGCUCAGCUCCUUCUUCCAGGAGGCCAACAUCCCCAGUCACCACCACCACCAGAUGAUGUGCACGCCCAGAAACACCCCGGCCACGCCCCCCAACUUCCCCGACGCCAUCACCAUGUUCUCCAAGCUGCGGGCAUCCGACUGCAGCAGUGGAGGCCCCGCCCAGGCGUCCAUGGCGUGUUCCCCGCCGCCCAGCGCGUCAGGAUUCGGCUCCUUCUGGGCAUCGUCGCCGCCUGGCAGCCACCAGGCGGGGGCGUGGCUUCCCCCAGCGUCGCCCACCGGCGCCCACAUGCACCACUACCACCACAUCCAGCAGACGCCCAUGUGGCCCCCUGGGGCCCCGCCCAGCGGCUCCCAGCAGCCACCCGUGGUCUCGGCGCUCCACGGCCAGAGAUGAGGCACGGAGGCGCCGUGCGUGGCCGACUGAUGCAUCAUGGGAGGGUUCUGGGGGGAAGGGGUUUAUUAACACAGAGGAAAAGACAAGGACGGUGCUUCCUCUGAACUGAAGACGAGCAGAUUCUAGUCGUCAUCGGACGCCGAGGAAGAACCAUGUGACUAAAAACACUGAGGAGGCGGAGACUCUGAACCCGGAUUUGGGAGAAAAACACAGAGACUUUUUUUCAUUCUCCGUUUAUCGAUGCAACCUCGGCCUCAGAGAACGCCAACGUAGGAGGAGCCAUGUGACCUGGGUGGAGCUAAAACCAGCAGGACAAUGGCCGCCACCGGGUGGACACGCCCACUAAACACCUCUGGAGUGUGAUUUCUACGGCGUCGUCAUGUUCUGAACAGCGACUGUGUUUGAUUGGAUUCACUCGAUCUGUCGUCUCCUUUAGUGUUUGUUCAAUUCAUUUAACACUUAAAGGCCCAGUUCACUACAUUUAUCUUCAUUUAUUCAAAUAUUAUCCUCUAGAUUUUAGAUUUUUUUCAGUGUAAAUCAGGUAUUUUCUAUAUUUAAUUCACUGAUCAUAUAGAUAUUCUUUAAAACUCUGAGUAAAUUA